UGCCUUGGGGAUAAACUAGUGACGCGAGUCGCAAUAGAAUGUGUUUAGUGUUAAACGAACCGCCGAGAAGCGUACAACAGUUCUCUCUACAAAAUAAAAUAAUUUACAAAGUUGAUAAGUUUUUCCGUUAAUUGAUUUAUAUAUUUUGAAUAAGUUAACUGGGACAAUGGAGACUGUAGAACCAGUUGAAAUAAGCACAGAUGAACUUACUGAGAAUGUUCGUAGAAGGAAUAAAUUUAACCCUCCUCUACUCCAUGCAGGUCUUACUCCUAGUUGUGUUUUGGGAGUAUACAAAUUGAUAUGUUAUUUUUGUGGAAUAAAUGAUCCCAAACCAUUUCUUGGCUUCGAAGGAAUACUUAUAGGCCUUACUUUGUCUGCUUUUAUAAAAACAUUAUUAUAUAAUCCAUAUGACCGUAUAAAAGGUUCGAAAUAUCAUUUUAUAUAUUUCGGUCUAUUCGGAACUGGCAGCGUGGCUGCAUUUUCAUCUUUCGCUCUGUCCAUAUUCCUCUGCACGACCGAAGAGGACUCGACAAAAAUAUGUGGACGGGAAUGUCCAGUACGACAGGUGAUAUAUUGGACAGCAUUUAGUUAUGGUGCUGGAUUUGUUUUAAUGGAACUGCUGUUUUGGGUGGGUCAUAAAAUCGAUGUAUUAUUCUAUCCAACGCUUCGAUAUCUUCGGAGUUAUUUGAAUCCCAGCAAGUGGAGAUUUCAACUUCUUCGAUUAAGCUAAUUAGAAAAAUAUUUAUAUAAAAACUGAGUGUAUUCCUUUCACCAAAUACAAUAAAAACAAAUUAUAUGAUCAAAACUGCAUUUACUGUGUCAUUUAUCCUUCCUUAAAUUUUUGACCAACAAAAACGUAGAUUUUGCUUACUUAUGUGAACUGACGGAUGUCAAGCCUCGUU